AGUCCGAGCAGAGAACUUGACCCGAGUCGUUUGUCGCGGCGGAAAACUUCAACACGGAAACCAGACAAGGGCAAACCCGGAUUGGCCCAGUCGCGGGAUGGGCGCGUUUUUCUCCAUGGAUUGGCAGGAGUGAAAAUUGAAAAAUUGGUAUUUCAAAGUGGACUUCAGCGUCCAGUGAGCUGGUUGGUGCUGAUUCGGAUAAGAUUUUACUCGUUACGCGAUGGAUUGAUUGAAGGGUGAUAACGAUUGUCGCGUUUCUCGUACGAUGAUAAUUUUCCAUAAAAUUCCUUCACAGUGAAUAUCCAGCUGAUGGGAUGUGAAAAAGAGGUAUAAUUUUCCACUGCUAUCACAGUGAUGAGUGGUAACGAUAAUGGUAAUGACGGUACUUCACGUUGGUGGAAUUCGAUGAAAGUGAUUCAAUUUCCAGAUAAUCAAUUUCAAUCAAGUGAAUAGCAAAUGAACGGGAAGAAGGAUGGACCAGUGAAAAGCGUACUUUGGGGCUUCGUACGACUUCCUUUAUGUGUGGUUGAAACCUGAAUCGGAAGUGGUGUGCAGGCAGUAAUCUAUGAAAAGAAGUGCUUUACGUAUAGCUGUAUAUCUAGUAAGCUCAAGUGGCUAUCGUUACAGAAGAAGGUACAUCGAGUUAGUUGGGCUGGAAACGAACGAUGAUGGAACGUAAUUAAUGUGUCGACGGGAGGAAAUUUUUAACAAGAGUGAUUUGUAAGACGGCAGGAUACAGUGUACUUACCGGCUAACGGUUGACGGAAGGCUGGAGUCGUGUUGGGUUAUAGUGUGCUGUACGAUUAGUGUUGGAUCGAAUUACGGAAGCGGAAGAGUUUUACUCCUUGUCGUAAAAGCACUGUAAGACAGCUGCAGGGAAAACGGUGAAGGUGUUUGGACAGUGCAACGAAGAAUGAUGGAGCAAUAAGGAGCGGUGCAACGAUAAAUUUAUCGGCUUAAGCAUGGUGGUGAUCUCAUAAAAUGGAAACCGCAGCAUACCAACGACAACCGAACGAGACAUGAUCGACAACAUUAUGACGCGUGACAGCGAAAUACCGGCCAUAUUCAACCCGAAACGUGUUCGUGCCCCCUCUGUCGUCGUAACAGGAGAUUCGCCAAAUGGACCAUUCGGUGGGUUCAGCAACAAUGUGCCACAAAUUAUGCAUUCCGACUCGGUGACCUCGAGCCAACACGACGGGCAGGACAGCCUGAUCGGGGUGACGGUUGCCGGAACGGGAUGCGACACACCAACCUCGGGAGCGCCCGGUCAAUCGGGUGUGACCCUGGGCAACAACACCAAUCCACCCGGAACGCCAACGCCUACCAGUACGUCACGGCUGAAAGGAUGUCGCGACUCCUGCUGUUCGGAAUUGGCUCAAAAGAUGUACUUUGGCGUAUGCGUGACGAUCCUGGUGACGGCGUCCUGGGUCGGUGCCACCCACUGCAUCAAAUUUCUCUAUCUCCGACGCAAUGCGUACGCUUCCACACUGCCCCCACAUCUGACGGCAUUCAUCACCACCGACAGCGAAAGUGUCCUGACGACGGCGGACAGCAACUCUUCGGCCCUGAUCGUGCACGGAUUCGGUCCGACGACUUCCUUCAUGCCCUCGACAACGAAACCGAUCGUGACGGCGGAUAGGACCUUACCACCGGCGACGGCGACGCACAUCUUCAAUGCGCCGUUCUUCGCGUCCUGGUUCUGCACCAACUUUUCCAUUCUGUUCUUCCCGAUCUACAUCCUGGGGCGUGUGGCCAUCAAAAAGUGCGACGGCACCGGGGAGGUACUGGGGGAGAUACUGCGGGGCUUCCGGGAUCGAGGAUUCACCAUCGGGAGGUUUCUGAACCGGUGCUUGACGUUCUGCAUACUGUGGCUGCUGACGACGUAUUUGUAUGCACUGUCGCUGAAGGCCCUGCUGGCCACCGAUGUGAUGGCACUGUUUGCGACGAAUGUGGCGUGCGUGUACCUGUUGGCGUGGGUGAUCUUGCAGGAGCAGUUCGUCGGAGUGAGGAUCGUCGCGGUCAUCCUGUGCGACACCGGGAUCGCCUUGUUGGCAUACAUGGACGGAAUUACGGGUAGCCCAACGUUGGGUGGAGUUGUAUUGGCAGCACUUGCUGCCGCCGGAUAUGCAGUAUUUAAGGUAAUGUUUCGUAAGGUGAUGGGUGAUCCUCCGGUCGGUCAAAUUGCGUUCACUUUCUCCAUCAUUGGCUUUCUGAACGCGGCCAUCCUGUGGCCAGUCUGCAUCGCGCUGUACUUCACCGGUGCCGAGGUGAUGCCCUGGGAGACAUUACCGUGGAUCGUGCUGCUGAUGGCCAGCAUACUUCUGUUGGUGUUCCACAUCUUGACGCAGUUCAGCAGCGCCGUUACGUACAACAUGUUCGUCACACUAGGUUUAAUUACGGCCGUGCCAGUCUCGGCAGCGUUAGACAUCGUUCUGUACGGAGCGCACUUUGCCGGAAUGAAGCUGGCGGGUAUUAUAUUAAUAGCCGUCGGCUUCUUCCUGGUCAUGUUCCCCGACAACUGGCCUGACUAUAUCACACGACUGCUCAGAAAAGCUGGUCGUGCGUUGCUAAGAAACCGUUGUUGUUGUUGCGAUUCCACUGACAAUGAUUACGAAAAUUCGAAAUAUCAUCUUGUUGGGUCACAACGCGAGAUAUACCGCAAAAGAGUCACGGUUCUGACAUGGCGACCGUGUACUGGAUGAUGAUGAGUUACUGUUGUAUCCGGAUCCAGUUCAAAAAUUCCGUCGUCGUCCAUCGUCGUCAGCUAGUUACUGCGUAGUACCUGCUAUUUAGCGAAUAGAACGUUCUAGGUGCUGCACUUUCCACCCCAUACACCUUCCACUUCGCCCCUCUGAAAUGUAG